AUGCAUCUGAUUCCCAGAGAGCUGGAAAGACUCGCCAUCCUCUAUCCGCUUGGGAAUCUGGCCCAGCGCCGUCUUUCACGUGGAGUGCGGCUUAACCAUGCGGAAGCUGUGCUUAUCCGCGACGGUCACUAUGCGGUGGCUGACCUGAUGUCCAUUGGGAGAACGAUCCUCGGCCGCCGUCAUGUACUGCCAUCCACCUGGUUUACUGCCCGUCAGAUCCAGAUUGAAGGAACAUUCCCGACAGGCACUUAUCUUGUGACUGUGGUCGAACCUAUCGCCACGGAAGCCGGAAACAUUGAGCUAGCGCUGUAUGGUGCUAACCUCACCCCGCCUCCUGAUAACCUUUUUCCAGAGGUCAAUUUUGAGGACUACGCACCAAACAAGGCGCCAGGCUACAUCUGGUGUGAGGUUAUUGAUAAUCCCGGUCCCUAUAAGACCGACAUUCUCCUGAAUGAUAAAGAGAUUGUGAAUAAUGAACAGAGAAAGAGAAAGAGACUCCGUCUGAAAGUUGUAAACCACGGGACCAGGCCCAUUCAGGUUGGAUCUCAUUUCCACUUCAUCGAGACAAACAGAGAGCUUGAGUUCGACCGAAUCAAGGCCAACGGAUUCCGACUGGAUACCCCAUCCGGUAGUUCCAUUCGAUUCGAGCCGGGGCAAUGCCGUCAGGUAGACCUGGUGAAGAUUGCUGGUAAGGGGCUAAUUGCCGGCGGUAACGGUGUCGCGGAGUACUUCAAGGUUCAUCAGCGUAUUCACCCCGAGUUUCGCCAUAAAGUCCAAGACAAUCCGGAUAACGCUAGAUCGGAACGUCGUAUGAAACGCAACGAGUAUGUGAAACUGUUCGGACCCACCAAAGGCGAUGUUGUACGGCUAGGAUCGACCGAUCUCUACGUCAUGGUAGAGAAGGAUUAUCGAGACUUAACCGAUCAUUGCGCUGAAGACUGUCCAAAUGGUCAAGAGGAAUGCCAACGAAGCCGUCGAGGUAAUCGGAAAUGCCCGAAAUCCCGCACAUACUACGGUGAUGAGUGCAACUUUGGUGGCGGCAAGUCCGUUCGAGACGGCAUGGCCCAGACCUCAUAUGGCUCCUCCAAAGAGCAUCAUGAUCCAAACCGGAAUGAAACUUCCGAUCCGCCCCAUUAUGAUAAGUGUGUCGACACGGUGAUCACCAACGCGUUGAUCAUCGAUUAUACUGGCAUCAUAAAGGCGGACAUCGGGAUCAAGGGUGGUUAUAUAACAGCCAUUGGACGUGCCGGAAAUCCAGACAUCAUGGAUGAUGUGGACAUCAUCAUUGGUGCCAAUACCGACGUGAUCGGGGCUGAAAACAAAAUUGUCACAGCCGGUGGGCUUGACACACACGUCCACACUCUGGACCCGGCCCAGGUUCCCGAAGCACUCUGCAACGGAUUGACGACGUUGGUCGGCGGUGGCACGGGCCCCUCGACGGCCUCGAAUGCUACUACUGUCGCGCCAGGCCCCGAGCAUAUCAAACGCAUGCUCCAGGCGUUUGAUCAUCUGCCCAUCAACGUUGGUAUCACUGGCAAGGGCAACAACAGUGAUCCAGAGGGUCUGAUUGAGCAAGUCGAGGCAGGUGCGAUCGGCUUGAAGCUGCACGAAGACUGGGGCGCCACCCAUAAGGCUAUCGACACGUGUCUCAAAGUGUGCGAAGAUUACGAUGUCCAAUCCACCCUGCAUACCGAUACGAUGAAUGAAGGUGGCUAUGUGGAUGACACGAUCAACAGUAUUGGCCCGGAGCGUACCAUCCAUUCGUAUCACACCGAAGGCGCCGGCGGCGGGCAUGCUCCCGAUAUUAUUGCAGUCGUGAAGACGCAAAACAUCCUUCCGGCGAGCACAAACCCUACCCGCCCGUACACGUUCAACACGGUGGACGAGCAUGUGGACAUGGUAAUGGUUGCGCAUCACCUCUCCAAAGAUAUUCCGGCUGAUGUCGCCUUUGCCGAGAGCCGCAUUCGUGCGGAAACAAUUGCUGCCGAAGACUACCUUCUCGAUAACGGCUCCAUCAGCAUCAUGUCGUCGGACACCCAGGCCAUGGGUCGUGUCGGCGAGGUGGUCCUCCGAACCUGGACCAGCGCCCAUAAGAUGGCCGUUCUUGAUAUUCCACCCCCCGAAGCCGCUAAGCGCAAGGGUAGUAAGGACGGAUCAUACAACAGCAUUAAUCAAUUCCGCGAUGACCUAGCAAAUAAAGGAUGCCAUGAUCAGGAACACCAGAAGGGCCUCGCGAAUGAUGCUCCUACUAUCAACAACUUCCGCGUCAAGAGGUAUAUCAGCAAGUACACCAUCAACCCGGCCAUCGCCCACGGUAUGUCGCAUCUCAUCGGAAGCGUCGAAAAAAACAAGUUUGCCGAUCUGGUGAUUUGGCAACCGAGCAACUUCGGCACCAAGCCUGAUAUCGUGUUGAAGGGCGGCAUGAUAGCAGUUGCUUUAGGUGGUGACCCCAAUGGCUCGAUUCCGACGAUCCAGCCGAGGAUAAUGCGACCCCGGUUUGGAGCCCUUGUACCUGAAACUUCCAUUACAUUUGUUUCCCAGGCAUCCGUCAGCGUGUAUAACCGUGACGAAGCCCCACCCCAUGCCCCAACCCUGGAGGAACUCCCCACGGUGCCUGAUGAACCCAAGCCUUUUGUCGUAAAAUCCAACACAUCAAUCGACACAUACAAGCUCAAGAAACGUGUUGAACCCGUCAAGGGCUGCCGGGUUGCGAAGAAGAAGGACAUGGAAUUCAAUGACACAACGCCAAGGAUGGACGUAGAUGCGGAAACUUUUAUUGUGAAAGCGGACAACUAUGUGUGUGACGUCCCGCCGGCAACCUCAGUAGCAUUGGCGCAGGACUAUUUCAUCUGUUGA